AUGGGCAAAGAGGUUGAUGCUUUUGAAGUUACUCAUACUUGGAAUAUCGUUGACUUGCCUCUGGGGAAAGUAGCUCUUGGAAAUUUGUGGGUCUAUAAAAUCAAGUAUCCCUCUGAUGGGAAUGCUGAGAGAUAUAAGACGCGUCUUGUGGUGUCAGGCAAUCAUCAAAAGGAGGGAAUCAAUUUUGAAGAGACGUUUGCACCGGUGGUCAAGAUGACUACGGUUCGGAGUAUGUUGAAAAUUAUUGCUGCCGAAAAAUGGAAAGUGCAUCAGAUGGAUGUGCACAAUGCAUUCUUCACGGUGAUUUCCAUGAAGAAGUUUACAUGA